AAAGAGCAGCCAAUCAGAGUCGGAGAAGAGACUUCGGCGUGGAAGCUCCGCAAACCAAGGUUUCAGAGUCGGGAGAAGGAGUUUGGCACUGACGCAAAGAGGACCCGUCGUUUUUCCACCAACAUUUGCACUGCCAUUACAUGCCUGUCCUUUCCACCGCGUCGUUGUGUUUUGACCAGCAACGAGGCUCCGCGACCACAGCGCCAGGAUGUACACGACCGGGCUGAAUCCCUUUUACGCGUCGAACUUCAGCCUCUGGUCCGCGUAUUGCGCGGGCGGCUUCGCCGUGGACACGAUAAAGAAGCCGUCCUUCUGCAUCGCGGACAUCCUGCAAGCCGGAGACGCCGAGAACAUCCCCGGCUCGUCGGCCCUCAUGGUGCACAUGGGCCACCGCCCGCAGGCGCUCUCCGGCGGCUCCCCGCUGCGCCCCGCUCCCGUGGCGCCGGAGGCGGCGGUGUUCGGCGGCCGAGUGAACCCGGCCGCGUCUCCCUACCACAGACACGGACUACACUUAACCACUGUGCCCAGAACGUUUACCGGCACCUCCCAGCAGGCUCCGCCGCCCACCAGCAAGGACCUCAAAUUCGGAAUCGAUCGGAUAUUGUCCACAGACUUUGACCCCAAAAUCAAAGAGGCGUCGUCGCUGAGAGAUCUCACAUCCAUUGUUAGUUCAAACCGUCAGUCAGGGAUCCAUGUCCCCGUUCAGUCUGCAGCGAGCCAGUACUUCUCCUCCAUAGACCCUGCGAUGAGCGACGCCUCCUCCAUGAUGAACUCACUAGGCCACAACACCAGACAAUCAGGCCAGCAUCAGUUUCAGGACGCCUUCCCAGGUCCCUAUGCUGUUCUCACGAAAGACACGAUGCCACAAACGUACAAACGAAAGAGGUCAUGGUCGAGGGCGGUGUUUUCCAACCUUCAGAGGAAAGGACUGGAGAAGCGAUUCGAAAUCCAGAAGUACGUCACCAAGCCGGACAGAAAACAGCUGGCCGCCAUGCUGGGCCUGACAGACGCCCAGGUCAAAGUUUGGUUCCAGAACAGGCGCAUGAAGUGGAGGCAUUCGAAGGAGGCGCAGGCGCAAAAGGACAAGGAGAAGGAGCAGCCGGACAAGUGCGCGGCGGAGGCGGGGGCCAAGCUGCCGCCCGAGGAGUCGGAGUGCGAGAGCGAGGGCAGCGAGUCGGAACUGGACGAAGGGCAGGAGGACAAAAGCGACGUGGACAUUUCCGAGCACGACAACAAGACCAGCGUCAUCAUAAGCGGGACUGCCCCGCCCGUCGGCGCCGUCACGGAGACUGUCACGAACACAGCGGCGUCGCAGAUGUUGAUAUGACCGCUCGGGCCGCGUUUACGAGUCACGAGCAACAACACUUUGGAUGCCAGUGGAUGGAGGAGGAGGAGGAGGAGGAGAGCUCCGGCGUGGCUCGCCGACGAAGAGGCUCCAUUGAUUAGCUCCCAUCCCCAGAACUCCUCGUGGUUGUUGUCCCCCCCCCCCCCCAUCAUGGAGAGAGGAACUCUUGCGAGAAGAGCGUUUAAACGUGCAUGAUUUGUUUUGAAGGGAAUACGCGGCUGUGUAUCUCAUUAGGUUAUGAACCCUUUGUUCCACGUUAUGAAAGCUCAGAAAAUCACACGUUGUUCAAUGUAUUUUGUCUGAAUAGAUAGUUGUGAUCUAUUUUGUUAAUUAAUAAUUUGCACUGAAAGCACUGUAAAUAAAAUGUUUCUU